CACUCCAAAUCCGCUUCUCAUAUUAAUUAGAGUUUUAUAUGUAGUCCCCCACCUCAGCUUCUUUCAUUUUGCCACUGUAACUAUCGAGCAGCGCUGCCGUCAUCUACCCGCCACUCCACCGCCAUGGCGUCAGAGAAGAAACUGUCGAAUCCGAUGAGAGAGAUCAAGGUUCAGAAACUCGUUCUCAACAUUUCCGUCGGCGAGAGCGGAGAUCGUCUCACCAGAGCCGCUAAGGUCCUCGAACAGCUCAGUGGACAAUCCCCUGUUUUCUCGAAGGCAAGAUACACCGUGCGGUCCUUUGGUAUCAGACGUAAUGAAAAGAUUGCGUGCUAUGUCACAGUUAGGGGCGAUAAGGCAAUGCAGCUCCUUGAGAGUGGGUUAAAGGUCAAGGAAUAUGAACUGUUGAGAAGAAACUUCAGUGAAACUGGCUGUUUUGGCUUUGGUAUCCAAGAGCACAUUGAUCUUGGCAUCAAGUAUGACCCUUCAACUGGUAUCUAUGGUAUGGAUUUCUAUGUUGUCUUGGAGCGCCCUGGUUAUCGUGUGGGGCGUCGUCGUAGGUGCAAGUCACGCGUUGGAAUCCAGCACAGGGUCACAAAGGAAGAUGCAAUGAAGUGGUUCCAGGUGAAAUAUGAAGGUGUUAUUCUCAACAAGUCCUCCAACAUUGCAAGUUAGUUUGAUAGCACCGUUGGGACUAUCCUAUCAAAGCUUUAAAGUCUGCAUUUUUCUCGACCGAGAUUUGUUACUUUUUGAGCCCAAAUUUUUGGAGAACUACUUUUACGUGUUUUGCAGAAGAGUUGAUCUUUUCUCUGAGGUUAAUUUAGUUGUAUUAUUAUCAGUUAAUAUGGCUUUUGAAAUGUGACGUCAAUGGCGAUCACUGGCAUGCUUUGACCUUAUGAUGAAACCUUUGAUUUUUCGUUUCCAAACA